AUGGGCCCCCCUCCCCUUGCCCCGCCGUCGCAGAACGCGUGCGCCACCCUCGCCAUCCCUGUCGCGAUCUUUGACCAGGACAUCCGGCCAAAGAAGGGCGGGCCUCCCACCGGCCCGCGCCUGAUCAAGCACGCGCAGGUGCCCCAGGAGCCGUACGACGGCGGCAAGCCCACCACCUGCUGCGGCGCGCACGCGGCCGUUGCCGCGGCCCAGGCCGACGAGUGA